CGAACCCCCAAUUCCGCAAACAGUCAAUGUAAACAAACCAGCCAGGCAACUCCAAGAGCCUCAGCAACUAUAUUCAUGUACAUAAAUAUACGAAAUCAAUGCGGUAACUGCUACUAACACCAUACGAGCUCGGAAAAAGACGCGUUCUUUUAUAUUGUUGCGAGUUGGAACGCGCCUCCGCUGUCCAGAGCUUCAUGAGCAAUUAGUCGAAGCUACUACACUACACAAUCAAGAACAUGUCUUAUAACAUGGCAGACAUUUUACCCUCCUCGCCGGACCCUCUCAACGACACUCCGACCUUCUCAUCACCUUCAAAAUCUAUACGGCAAUCGAGAGUCCGCAGGUCACAACAAAUGUACGGCAGCUCGCCAACCAAACAAACGUUCGAGUUGGACGUCGGCAAUGGCAUCUCGCCGCAGAAAAUAAGGGUCACCGUCGAAGCGGAGAACAACAAGGAGAACUCCUACCCUGAAUUCUCAGACCUCAGAUCUCCCUCGCCGUCGCCUUACUAUGCGUCUUCAAGACGCCCAAACACGCGAACUACUACCACAACAGUCCCGCUCAAGGGCCUCUCCGAUUCCGAAGAAGACAGCCCCGCCGCGCCACCAAAACGCGGUCGCGGUCGCCCACGAAAGUCGAUAGGCACCCCGGUGCCCGCGAAAACUAGAAAUGUAACUCCAGGAAAGUCGCCCAGGAGGAGGAGGACACUGGGAAGUUUAGUGGAUGGUGAUGACGAGGAGGACUGGGAUUUCGCGAUUGGGAAGAGCGUCGAGGUCGGAAGAGGUAAGGGACGGUCACGGUCAAGAUCUGUUAAAUCUGUUACUCGGAAGACACCUGCUGCGAAAUCGACUGGGCCUUCGUCAGAUCUGCCGGAAUCGAGCGUGGCGAACAAGAGGGGGGGAAGACAGUCGUUACUGCCGCAAGAAAUCCCGAUACUGGAAGAUCUCAUGGGACAUAGCUCGCCGGCCGAGGAGUCUGAAGAGAUGCAUCCCGAAGAUGAUAUGCCGUUACGGGCUGUGGAACAAAAUACGAUGGGGUCUAAUUCGGAACAUUCAACCAUCCGAUCUACAUCGACCGCAUUCGGCGAGGAUGUUACGGUUGCCCAGUUUGACAGAGAGAUAACACCUGAAGCGGAAGGGUGGUCGAGUCCGAGAGUUGUCUCUGCUAUCCCCAGACACCUCCAGGCCACGGCCAGCUCGAGGCGGGGGUCGCCGCUUGUUCAUCAGGCGGUGGAGGAGGUUCCUCGUUCAUCGCUAUCCGCGAAUAAGAUUGGCUCCGGAUAUGAUAGAUCCCAGCAUGAAGAGGAAAACUACGAUGAUGAGGCUGAAGAUGGCCUGGGUGAUCUCCAAGAGUUUGAUACGAUCCUGGAGAGCGAGGGAUUUAGCAUGAUAUCAGUUGAUUCGGUGCCUUCGUUGCGGGAACACUUCAGCAGCCCUUCUAUCCAGGGCAAGCCGUUCGAGUCUCUGUCUUCCUUUGAAGAACGUGAAGUGGACCACAGGAGAAGUGACAAUCGUCCAUCUUCAUCGGGAAUGUCGUCUCUAUCAGAAGCAUCUUCAUCGAAGCGCCGAAGCUUUGAUAAUGUGCAGACGAUGCAGCAAAGUUUAGUUGGUGUUUCCGCUUCGAAUAGAUCUGCUAGGUCCCAGCCCACCACGAGUAGCCCGCGAGACCAGGAUCAUGAGGCGGAUGUCAGUGAAAAUUUUCAAGCAGGAAGCCCUGUGACUGGAUCUGCACUCCUUACUCAGCCCGUUGAGGCUAUCACUACCUCGAAUAGCGAUUCCGAGCAUCCCACAACACCUUGGCUGCCGACUCCAGAAGAGACACCAUCACCAGAUAACGACUCAGCUGGAUCAUCUGCUCAGGAACCUUCUCAGGAAAAAGCAGCUUCAGUUACGCAUAGAGAAAGCGUUCACGUCGAGUCAACCGCGGAUUCGUCAGUAAAUAUGACUCAAAUGAGAUCGUCACCUCCAUCAUUUGCAGCUCCUCGAUACACAUACACCGCACAUCUACGACAGCGGAAAUCACUCGGCCUAACCGAAACCCCAUCAAUCGUGUUCUCAUCUCCGUCUCUACCUCCCCCAAAACAAAGGCCACCUCCAAGAGAACAGUUGCCGAGUACGACGGAUGUCAAUGGAGUACCGAGACCACUUUUGUCUUCAAGUGUCAUUGCAGGUCGUGCACUUCAGGAGAUUCUCGUUCCAAAUUCGGCAAGCACACAUUCAUCAUUCCUUCGCAGCCCAUUCAAAAGCCCAAACGCUAGGAGACACCCAUUAUCUCCAACUGAGGAGCCAACGAAGGAGGCAGCGGCCCAGUCAUCGAAACUAGACUCCUCUGUUCCCGGACUCGGACCAAUGUCAUGGCGCAACCUUUCUCGAAGCAGAACAUUAAGCGGGGCCGCAGAUGAGCGAAAGCCGGGCUUCAUGAAGAACAUCCCAUUAAUUGUCGAUGACCCCUUCCUCGCAGAGGCAUCUGAGCAAUUACGCUCGCCUUCUCCGGAGGAGAAGGAUGAUUAUUCUUUGGGGCUGCCUACGCCGGGUCAGGCUAGGAAUACGCAGAUUGUUAACUUGGUGACUCAGGAUACGAAUACUGUUCGCUAUUCUGAUGAGAUGAGUUGGCAAGCUGAGUAUCCUGCGAUGAGGACGCCUCCGCGGGAUGAUAGUGAGGGGUCUAGAAGUGGUAAGGCUACGGUGGGGUCUUCUCGCACUGCGGAGCGUCAGAUGGAAUCUCAGAAGCAGAAGCAGAGAGAUGAAUGGCAAGUGGAUAAGGUUGAGACUACUCAACAUCUGGGACUAGACUUGACCCAGGUGUAUGUCGUGCCAUCGGAUCUGCCAACGAUCAACAGCACUCCACUCCUAACACAACCUCAACUCGCCCCGAAGGCAAACGUUGUCGAAGACGUCUUUGAUGAUGAGGACAUAUGGCUAGCCGAAGCACGCAGCAAUUCCUCGCCAUCGAUAGGCAAGCAUGUUGAUAUUGCCCCAAAACAGGCUGCAUCCGCAUUGGAAAGGCCGAGACGGAGCAAGCUCCCAAGUCCAUGGAGGCAGAAUAGCAGACGAUUGGUGUAUAGCGACGAACUUGCCGCUCAGGAUUCAUCGCCAAUAAACAAGAAUGAAACCUCGAUAGCAGCACCGCCAGUUGAAGCACGGAAUGUGGCACUUCCAGCGCCACCAGCAUUUGCUCCCAGGGCUACCUUGGUACCAAGAGAGGACGCCAAAGUGACCAGUGUGCUAGCUAGGCUAACCUCGCAGCUUGCACCAAAGGCUGUUCUACUGCCGAAGAGCACUUCCAAGCCCUCCGAUUUGGUUUCUGGUCCGCCACAACUGGGACCAUUAAGACGGAGUAUUGGACUGUCAAAACCACAAUCGACACCCUUCAUGGCACCAAUAGAGCGGCCACAGGCACCCCCCAUCGCGGAAGAUUAUGACCAAACGGAGCUAUCAACUUGGGACCUCCCACAGAAACAGAAUUUCAAACCAAGGAUUACACCACGACAGAGCAAUAUCCUAGGUAUUUCCGCGCUACUCGCGUCCUCUCCUGUGAAGAAACCCGAGCCUUCCUAUGCCGAAGAUGAAACCCUCGCAUCACCAACGCAGAGCUUGCCAGCUACCGAGAAAUACAACGACACAACAGAAGAAGCGGACUUCACCCAACAAUCCGACUCUCAAUUCGCCACAGACGAAGAGGACCAAACAAGGGAGGAAGAGGAAUACACCCAAGACCUCCCUCCCUCCCCCUCCGCCCUCUCCGACCUCUCCCAACUCUCCCGCACCUCCUCCCUCGACGAAUCCACCCGCCUCUCCACCACCCCCGCGCGCCCAAACCCCUACCGCCGCCCCUCCGCCCCCUCGCCUCUAAAAUCCUGUCUCCGCCUCGCCAGCACCGCGUCCCCCAUCAAAGCCGUCAUCUUCAGUGCCACGACCGCCGCCUCCCCUUCCACGACCGCCGCGUCCCCCUCCAUUCUCCCAAAACCACCGCGCUUCAUGGAAGAUUCCGAGUGGGCGAAAAGCCACUGGCUCACCCUCCGCUCGAUCUACCGUGACUACAAGAAGAACCCGACGCCGGAGCAUGAGAUCCCUGCGUCGGUGAGGGAGAGCGAGUUUGCGGGGAAGACGGUGUGGGGACGGGAGAGCGAUGGGAGUGAUAGUCUGGUGAUGGAGGUGUGGAUGGUGGAUGUGGUACAUUUGUUUCUGGAUGAGGAGGAGGAGGGGGGGAGGUGGUGGGAUGAGGGGUUUGUGUGUAAGAGGCUUUAUGGGCUGGUGGGGAUGGAGAGGAAGAGGGAAAGGGAGAAGAGGGAGGAGGAAGAGAGGGUGAGGAGGGUGGAGGAGGAGGAGGAGGGGAAGAAGAAGGGGAUUUUGGGGUUGGGGAUGGGGUGGUUGUAG